CGCACUGAACUGACCGCUACUGAGAGGGGCCGGGCACUGACAGUAGAACUGUUUAGGCGCCUUCCCCCAUCCCAUCACCAUUUGUGCAUCGCUCCGGACUACACUCUUCCAAACAAACUGGAAAUUUUGGCGCUAAUUAGUAAAUGAUGGAAAUCUAACCACGGACUACUAUUCGCUACUAUUCGCUCCCCCCACCCCGCAAUUGCGGCGUCGGCUUCUUAUGCAGAAAAUCCUCUAAUUGCUGCGAUGUGUGCAUCUGUGCUGUGGUACCAGAAGGAGGCAAUGAGGAAAAGCCUUUAGAAAGCAGAAUCAUCAAACAGAUUGAAAUCAUUUGAGAUGUUUCCACGGUUAAAAACUCUUAUGCUCUAUGUCCUUUCCUUGUUAUUGUUUGGACUUCUUAUGUACUUGCACAAAGAGACCAAGUCAACCAUAAAUUCUGUGACACCUAUGAAGGAGGAUACCCCAGAGGAACAACCCCCUUUCUGGGAUGCCACUCCAUUAACAUUCCCCAGGUGUCACUCAAAGCCAUUAAACCUCAGCACUUUAGUACCUCUUCCUGAGCCUCACCGCUUGUUCCUAAUGUAUAAGCAUUGCAGGAACUUUUCAACUCUGCUGAAGCCAAGUAAAUGUGAGAAAGACACUUUUUUAUUACUGGCCAUCAAGUCUUUACCUAUCAACAUAGAGAGGCGCAUUGCAAUUAGGAAUACGUGGGGGAAGCAGCAGGACAUUCAGAGCAAGAAGAUUAAGCUGCUUUUCCUGCUUGGCAAGACAGAUUCUACUUUACCAGCUAAAUCACUCCGUCAGCUGUUGUCUUAUGAAAGUAUAGAAUUUAAAGACCUAAUCCAGUGGGAUUUUGUGGACAACUUUUUCAACCUUACACUAAAGGAAAUUCAUUUACUAAGGUGGUUGAACAAGGAAUGCUCGCAUGCCAAGUUCGUGCUGAAGGGGGAUGAUGAUGUUUUUAUUAACACGUUCAACAUAGUUGAGUUUCUCGAUGGUCUGAACCCAGAUAAAGACCUCUUUGUUGGCGAUGUGAUUACUAAUGCUGUUCCCAUCAGGAACACAAAAGUAAAAUAUUUCAUCCCUCAUUCUAUGUAUAGUGCACCUCACUAUCCUUUGUAUGCUGGGGGAGGUGGCUAUGUCAUGUCAAGAAAGACGACCAAAGGCUUGCUCAGUUCUGCCGAAACCACUGACCUUUUCCCCAUUGAUGAUGUGUUUGUGGGGAUGUGCCUCGAAAAAAUCAAUGUAAAACCACAAUUUCAUGCAGGUUUCAAAACCUUUGGAAUCCAGAGACCAGGGAAUCCUUUUGAUCCAUGUUUAUACAAAGGUCUGAUGGUUGUUCACAAACUAAACCCUACGGACAUGUGGAUCAUGUGGUCCUUGGUGAAAGAUGAAGAACUGCGUUGUGCAUCUAAAAGCUUCUUGUGAAAAAUUAUUUACGUCAUUAAGAUUUGUGCUUAAACAGGAACAAUGCAGCCCAUAGUAAAAUUCUUAUAAAAGCUAAAAUACCAAUAUGUACUUUUUUAUAUUUUUGGCUAUAAUCUGGCAGAAAGGCAAUAUUAGGCACAAACACACUUAUUCUGGAGUGGGCUCUGUGGUAUUGUGACUUUGAGCACAAUCUUGUUGGCAGGUGGUAUCUACCUUGGUAAAAUGUUUCCACAAUAUAGGAAGUUAUGGAUAAUUCUCAUACAUUCCAAAGAAAGUAUGCACACAUUGUAUUUCUGUUGAGCAUAAAACUCACUUUGGUGCUCUUCUCUAA